AUGAGACCUCCCCUUAGAGGUGGCGGUGGCGGCGGAAGAGGUGAGGGAGGUGCUUGGAGAGGCCGUGGAAGUGACCGUGGAAGAGGCCCCGGAGGAAGGAGGCCCGGAGGAAGAGGGCCUGGAGGAAGAGGCCCCGGAGGAAGAGGGCCCGGAGGAAGAGACCCUAGAAGUAAGCCCGGAGGAAGAGCAAAAGUAGGACUUAACGGAGGAAGCAAAGUGAUUGUGGAGCCUCACAGACACGCAGGAGUGUUCAUUGUCAAGGGUAAAGAGGAGGCUCUUGUCACUAAGAACUUGGUCCCUGGUGAAUCCGUUUACAACGAGAAGAGAAUCUCUGUUGAGAACGAAGAUGGAACUAAAGUUGAAUACAGAGUUUGGAACCCUUUUCGUUCUAAGUUAGCUGCUGCUAUUUUUGGUGGUAUCGAUAACAAUUGGAUCAAACCUGGUGCUAAAGUUCUUUACCUUGGUGCUGCUUCUGGAACAAGUGUGUCUCAUGUGUCUGAUAUUGUUGGCCCUGAGGGAUGUGUUUACGCCGUCGAGUUUUCUAGUCGGAGUGGUAGAGAUUUGGUGAACAUGGCUAGUAAGAGAACUAAUGUUGUACCAAUCAUUGAAGAUGCUAGACACCCUUCUAAAUACAGAAUGCUUGUGCCCAUGGUUGACGUCAUAUUCUCUGAUGUUGCUCAACCAGAUCAGGCUAGGAUAAUGGCUCUCAAUGCAUCUUUUUACCUGAAAACUGGAGGGCACUUUAUGAUCUCUAUAAAGGCGAGUUGUAUCGACUCAACGGUAGCAGAAGAGGCAGUGUUUGCAAACGAAGUGAAGAAGUUGCAAGCGGAAGGGUUUAAACCAGCAGAGCAACUGACACUUGAGCCUUUUGAACGUGGCCAUGCUUGUGUUGUUGGUGGAUAUCGCAUGCCUAAGAAGCAGAAAGCUACUUAA